CAGAAGGGUCUGCACAGUAAGGGCUUGUCAUGUCUUGGCAGGUCUCUGCUUGUCUUUCCUCCUGACAUGGACAGAGAUAGACCAUUCACUCAGCUGGGAUAAAACAUCACAACGGACAGCGUCCUCUCAGAGCCUGGAAACUCCCAGAUGGCUCUCACACAAGUACAGGACCAGAGUGCUAAAGGGGAGAGGAUCAAUAAGGAAACUGGAGAGCUGAGCGCUUCAGGGGAGUUGUCUAUGUCUGUGGAGUUUAAGGUGAAGAAAGUGGAGGGCUCUUGUAUGGACCCUCAGCUGCAACAGCUGCUCAGAGAACAACUACAGGAGCUAGGAAUUUACACAUGCUCAAGCCCUGACCACAGAACCGACUAUGUUCCUUUAGAGCAGAGAGGGGAGCAUCUAGUCAAAGUCCUGCCUCUCUUCAUUCAGGUCUGUGAGGAUGGUGACAAACUGGAAGGAUUGGACAUGGAGGGGUUUGUGGCUCUCACGGCUGACACUGUCAUCCAUAACAUCCACAACAGACUGGCAGAAAGGCCUGCAGAGGGUGCUCGUGAUGAGGUGGUGCAGUUCUUCCAGAGGCAGGGUGAGGAGACACACUAUGGGGUCGGGGAGAGUCCAGGAUGGCUGCUGUUAAAGUCUCUGUUGCUGUUGACAAAUGACAACUCAGAUAUACUGUCCUGUAUAAACCCAGGACUCCCGUCUGCUCUAGUGAAAUGUUUGUACUUGCUGGUGUGCAUUCCAGCUAAGAAGGAAAACAUGAUCAUAGAAGAGACCUUUCAGGAGUCACUAACACAGGUUCUCCUCCAGCUUUGUAGGCAGCCAGUCAAUGUGGAGAGGCUGGUAGAGACUCAGGAACUGCAGUGCUUGAUCAUUGGACUCACGUCGCUGUGGGACCAGACCAGCGCCUCGUGGAGGCAUCAGGCCUCCCGUGUCCUCAAGGCAGUCUCUGCUGCAGCAACAAGCAACACUGUCCCAAGCUUGUUAGGCAAGAACUGUGUUCGUAUCUGCAUCCAGAACCUGUUGCACAUCAAGGCUGAUGUCUCUGGAUCACUACUGGCUGAGGUAGCUGUGGCUGUGUUUAGCUUCAUUAGAGACACAUAUCCCCUCAGUCCGGCCCUCUUCACCGAGUUUGACACCAACAAUGGCUACAAGGCCCUUGAGAACAUUCUCAAACGCUGUGAGGAAGGUGUGUCUGCGGAUCAGUUCCAGUCGGUGGAGGAGCUGCUGGCUCUCAUUGCAUCAUUCACCAUGCUUGGAAAAACAGAGCUGAAAGUGGCUCUUUGUGUCAGCAACCCUCAACCUCCAGGUUUUAAGUUUGACCCGUCACUCACCAAGGGUUUGGCAGUAAAGAACCUGCCUGCUUUCCAUCUGCUGCAGGCCUCCUUGCUGAAUUCCCAGGAUUCUCUGCUGUGUUGCCAGGUCCUUCGAACCCUACAGACAAUAUGGGAGAGGGACCCAGCCAAUUUCUUUCUCUUGGAGUGGACUGUCCAGUCAAUGGCUCAACUGGCUGUCUGUGUGUCGCAGAAACCAGCACCUGUCCAUAAACUGUUCUUUUCAAUGCUGGAGAUGGUAAUAUUCAAGCUGAACUACAUUCCCCAUGAGACCUUGCGUUGUGUACUCAGUGUGCUGAAGCAAAGCUGGGCUGGGACACUGGCUGCAGGGGUGGCAGGGACAGAGUUUGGAGUUGUGGCUCUCAAAUGUUUUCACAGGCUGACAGUUCACAGUGGUAUGCUAGCAGAAGUGCUAAGUGACUUGGGUCUGCUGGAGCUGCUGCUCGGGGAACUUCGAAGGAGAGCUAAGAUCCUCAGGAAAGCUGGAGUUGUCUCUGCCCCUCAAUCAAAUCCACAGCAGCUGCCAAGUGUGGAGGACAGCGAGAGACUGCUCACUACCUGCAUGCUUCAGGUUGUGUCAACCCUUACUCUGCGUUCAAUCAAAAACACAGUUGCAGUGCGAGACCUUGGUAUGGUUCCCUACAUAAAGAUCUUUUUGGAUGAAGACCAAUAUCGAGGUCCAACUCUGAGCAUCUUAGAGCAGCUAGCUGAGAUUAACCCUGAGGAGUUCAUGAGUACAGCAAUAGGAGCCCUCUGCUCCUCUACACAACAGGAACUUGGGUUGAAGCGGGACCUUCUGCAGUCUGUGCUGAAGGUGCUGGAGAGUCCUAACAGCUGGGAUGCUUUCAGACGAGCAGGGGGCUUCACUGGACUGCUAUCGCUGGUGGUCGACAUGGAAGGAGCUCUGUCUGACCCUCCCCAGGGAGAAGUGUGGAGGUCCCUUGGACAUCAACAACUGCUGGAUCUCCUCCUUCUCACUCUCCACAUCCUGUCCUUAGCUGUGCAUCUUCACACAGUAAAUGCACACCAUUUUGAGAAUGGCGGCUUUUAUGAACGGCUGGCAGAAGCUCUGUUGCAGCUGGGCUGCUUCCACACCGACGGCCCACAGGAUGGGAAGUGGGAUGGAGAGGAAGGAUGCUUUCCCAAAGCUGCAGAGGACAACCAGUCUCCAGGAAAAAGCUUUCAUCAGUUUGUGGAGUUAGCAGAGGCUCCUGUAAAUGCCUCUACUACCUCCACCAAACUGCAGUCUAAUCUGCCUGUUACUCUUCGGACAUGUAUAAGGCUGCUUUCCUAUCUUGACCAGUUCGCCACAGGGACCUACUCUCCACAGGAGCUAAACUUUGGACUAGAAGCUGAGGGUGUGUGUUACAGAGAUAAAGAGGAACUAAAUGGCUCAGCAGUGAAUGAAGGGGUGUUUUCAGGAUCCCCUCCUGUCCACUUGGCAUCAAGUCCGAAAUCCAUAGAGAACACACAGGGAAGAUCUAGAAACCAACCAUCCAACGUUUCUACAGUCUGCUCAGAGUCUCAGUACAGUCGGUUUACCUGCCAUCAUGCUAUUCUUCAUCCAGGAGCAAUUCGAGUCAUUAUGACUCUACUUCCAUCAGUGUUUACUCCAGAGGAUCCACAGCUUUCUAUGGAGGUCCAGUUCUCGCUGGCAUACCACAUUCAGGCUGUGGUCAAAUCUGAGCAAAACAGGCAGAUAAUGUGUGAGGGGGGACUGGUCUCCACACUCCUGGCUUAUUGUCAGAGCAUGUUGUUGGCUCCAAAGCACCCGUUACAUCUACCUGUUACACGUAUCCUGGAGAAACUCUCCUCCCAGUCCAUCACACACUCAAACUUCAGAAAGUUCCUGUGUUUAGGAGACCCUCUUAUGUGUUUGGCAGACAAAGCAUCCAUGCCAUUACAAGUUGAAUGUACCCCAGGUGUCAAAGUAAAUGGUGAGAGUACAGAGGAGGACACCUCAUCGGGGUCUCCAGUAAAGACACUGAAGCGAACCUUCAGCCUUUUAAAGUCUACAACUCGCAGUGAAUCCCCUGCUGGUUCAGCAAUACCCAUCCACCAGAUCAUCAGUCUGGUGUCCAUGACGUCACCGCGCACCUUCAGACCGCACAGAGUCUCCUCUUCACCUGCCUUUGUAGAAUUUGACAUGAGUGAGAGUGGAUAUGGCUGCCUUUUCCUGCCUUCUCUGGCCACAGUGAAAGGAGUAACAGCUGAUGCAAUCUCAACAGGCGGAAUAGGAGGAGACUGCCGGGGUUUUCCUCCUACAGCUGGUUUGUCAUUUUCCUGCUGGUUCCAGAUCAACAGGUUUAGUUCAGCCUGCGAUUCCCACCCAAUCCGAUUACUGUCAGUGAUUCGCCACAUGUCCCGGACUGAGCAACAGUACAUCUGUCUGUCUAUCUCCUUCUCUGCCUAUGAUGGCUGUCUGGUCAUCUCCACAGAGGAGGAAACAUUUACAUACCUGGAUAUGAUGGAGCCUGAGAUGUGCACCCCUACUUCUUUGCCCACCUCAUUGAGGUUUCGCUGCUCCAGCAUGCUGGUCCCAGGUCAGUGGCACCAUCUGACUGUGGUUAUGGCCAAAGAUUUGAAGAAGAGCUGUCUGACCUCAGCCUACUUCAACGGCAAGGCAGUGGGGACAGGAAAGAUGAAGUAUAUUCAGCCAUUCCCUGGCCAGUAUGUUUCCAUGGACCCCACAGCUGUGAUUGAUGUGUACGGAUUGAUAGGUACACCACCCAUUUGGAAGGAGCAUGCUGCUCUAGUGUGGCGUGUUGGUCCAGCUUACCUGUUUGAGGAGGCAUUGGGCCCUGAGGCUGUAGCUGUCUUAUACACACAAGGCACCGCCUACCUGGGAAAUUUCCUGGCUCUUCGCAGCAGUGGCCAUGAUCCAGAUCCUGAGUCUCUCCCUCGCAGGUUAGUUCCUGAGGAGAGGAUCUCAUUUGGCAUCAACCCUGCAAUUUCUACAUUAACAACUGUCGCACAGAUCAGAGAAGAUUACAAUGAGGUGGACUGUAGACUUAUUGCUAAAGAGAUGGGGAUAACAUCUCGAGAUCACUCCACCCCCGUGUUCCUAGCUCGAAACAUCAGCCAGCAUCUGAGUGGAACAGCUCGUACUAUAGGAGCAGCCCUGGUUGGACAUUUCGGUGUGCGUACAUUUACCCCCUGCAGUGCUGCCAAUGGUUUCCUGUAUGUUGGUGGGCCUACAGUUGUUCUGAGUCUAGUUGCAAUGGCGGCAGAUGAUAGCUCUCUGUAUGCAGCUGUCAAGGUUCUUCUCUCUGUGCUGGAGACUAACCCUGCUAUGCAGCAGGAAAUGAACCGCAUCAACGGAUACAAGCUGCUAGCUUUCUUGCUGAAGAUGAAGAGCAAUGUGGUCAGCUACAGAACAUUUCAGCUGAUUCUGUAUCUCUCGAGUUCAGUGGAGCUGAGCUCUGGCUCUGCUUGCCCGCAGAACACAUUUGCUUUCCAGGCCCUGCUGUCAGACCUGGAGGUGUGGCAGAACACAUCAGACAAUCUGGAUCUUUCUGUUCUGAACCACUUUUCUGAAAUCUUGAAAUCCUCAAGCAAUGACAGCAGGAUAUCUGAGGUCAUGCACAGUGUAGGCCUGCUACCAAAGCUGCUAUUUGAGCUUUCUGAUCCUGCUGUGACCUUUCGAAAGGCUAAGAUAAUUUCUUGUGUCAUUACAAGCCUCCUGAAAGCACACUUCACCCCUUCGGACAUAAGCAGACUUGGGCUCUUCCUGAUCUACACACUACCUCCUCUCAGUAACGUGACUGAAAGCCAUUGCAUCUCUGACAGUGAUCUUUACCAAGAAACUACAGCUCAGAGUUCUGGUCCAGCCAGUCUCAUUUGGAUUCGUAACCAGCUGUUACUUGCUCUUUGUGAAGUACUCAGCUCAGACGGCCUUCUAAUCAAAGAUCAACAAAAGGUCUUGUUUGAGGCUUUGGGCAGUGAUUGGUUCCUGCUUUUCCUUCAGCCCCACCUUCACCCUUGCACCUUGAAACUGGGUCUUGUCCUGCUCACAUACUUCAUGUGCGAUGCCAGCCAGCAGAGCAUGUUCAGAGAUGGGGUGCUCCCAGGAACCCUCAUAGAGAGCAUUGAAGAGCCUUCUGCUAUCAUGGACAACCUUCGGGCCCACUCUUGGUCAUACGAGUGUGCCAGCAUUACGUGCCCAGGGUUUGUUGUUCUACAAGGACUGCUGUUGAGACACUCUCACUUGCCGCAGGUGUAUGAAGCACUAGCUUAUCUACUGCUGGGAAAGAGGCCCAGUCACACUGCAGAGGAGAAGGUGAAUUUGGAUGAUGUCCUACAGUCACUGAUUGAUAGUCAAGCAGACAAUCCCGCUCAUCAGCUCUGUGUUGAGGCUACAACAAUACUGCUGGAAUUAGUCAAAGUCAUCACCAGUCAACAGAGACGAGGCAGUGAUGCAUCUUGGGAGUUGCAGCUACCAGCAAGUGUGAUGCAGUUCUUUUGCCUACUCCAUAACCUCCGCCCCAGAGACCCACUGUGGGCAUCUGCAGAGUUCCUCCAUGCGCUCGCUAGUGUUGUGUUCCCCCUAGAUGCUUCAGAGGGUGUGAAUGAGCCUUGCUCAGUGCGUGAAGGUGAGGACGCAUCCAAGAGUCAUUCAUCCAGGAAGCCAGUGUGCGACUUUAUUCGUAUUCUGCUGAUGGACAGUCUUCUUAAUGUUUCUGCCAGCAGCAACACACAUCCUCUGGCACUGCUGCUGGAGUUCUCUCCAGAUGGUGCAUCAUUGGAGCAGAGGCAGAGUUUCCAGACUGAGCUGCUGGAGCUGAUCAUGGACAUCAUCCACAUGCUGAGCCAUGAGGAAGAAAACAUGACUCAUCUCAUCUCGCAAGACUCCAACAGUGAUAGACCUGAGGGGCAGAUGGGCACGUUGAUGGAGAAUGUAGUGCUCGUCAGUAAGACUCUGCAGAAGAAACUUUGCAGUGGAACAUUUUUGGGGGACUCAGAGAGUUUGAUCAACUUCCUCACAGAUCAGAUUGUGGUGGCCCUGGAGAAAGGCCAAGCUCAGAAAGAAAAGACGGUGUCAGCUCUCUAUUCGUGCGUCAAUAAAGUCCUGCUUCACUUCCUGUCUCAACCUCGACAUUCCCAAGAGGAAAAGGAAGGUGUCAUCAGGACGCUACAAACCAUUAAUGAACGCUGGGAUGUUGUCAUGGCAACUUACAAUGCAAAUGUGAACUUUGUUACAUGCCUUCUUCAUUGUCUGUUACUGAUACGAUCUGGAAGCUACCCUGAAGGUUUUGGAAGUGUGGCACAAAAAGUGCGCAACAAGAAAGUUUCGGCCCAACUGUUUUCCAACGUAACCAGACAUUCUGCCAAUGGAGCAGAUUUGACCACAGAUGACAAAGAACUAGUAUCCAUAGCGGAGGUCUGCUGGUUAAAGGUCAUGACGGAGAGGCAACACACGCUUGAGGAAACAUAUAAGAUUGAGAUCUCAGCCAGCCCAACAGCAGAGAAGGGGCCUGUCAGCAUGACUGACAUCAGCCCUCUGUGGGAGGAGACGGCACACAAAGCCUGGCUGCUACACACAGAGUCUCAGAAGAAGAAGCUGGCCAGCAGCUCUCAGAACAAGUUUGAUAUGAUCAGCAGUGCUGUUCGCUCAGCUUUGGGCAGACUGGGCAAAGAGACAGUAACAGUGGAGGAGUUCCUGUCCUACAUGGAGUCACAUCGACAGAGAGGCUACAACAUGUUUGAGAAUAUGAGGACAAACCAGUUACAGUUACAAGCCGCUGAGUGGGAGCGUGUGAGCUCCAAGUGGCUGCAUGUGGAGGCGGAACUGCUGAGGGAGAGAGCCGUGUUCGGCCCUGGCCCAGGGGUGCUGCUGAGCCGAGACUGGGUGCAAGAUGCUGCUGAAGGACCUAACCGGACCAGAGUACGCAUCCGCAGAAAGGCUCUUAGACGAUCCAAACGGAUGCUAGGAUCUCUGUCUCUGUGUCUGAGGACUGGCAUGUCUGAGGAGAGCAAAACUAGACCAGAAGCAGACACAGAGCCAAAGAUCCUGUGUGAAGUUGGAGCAGAGGCUAAAGAGGAUGAAGAAGAGGGAGGCCAGGAUUGUGAUCAUCUGACUUUCUUCCCUGUUUUGAGUGAGACACCCACUAUCAGUGAGGGCCCACUCGACCCCUGCACCCCACAACCCUGCUCCCACACACAGGACUGCCCUGACAUACGUAUCAUCCUGCAGGAGCUGCUUCCUGGAGAGGAGGUAAAGUCCAAGAUGUGUGUAGUGAUGGUGAGCAGCCUCAGAGUGACAGAGGGGGUGCUGCUGUUUGGGAAGGAGAGUCUGCUCUUAUGUGAGGGAUUCACUCUUUGUCCUUCUGGAGAUGUUUGUUGCAGGAAGCACCACCCCAGCAGUGUGAGGGAUUCCUUCAUUUCCACCAUGCUUAGUAAAGAGCUGAUAUCAGCCAGCUGUAGACGCUGGCUUUAUGAGGACAUCAAGGAGGCCCGCUUCAUGCGAUUCCUUUUAGAGGACAACGCUAUCCAGGUCUUCAUGAAAAAUGGACACUCAGCCUUCCUGGUAUUCCUGAAUAAAGACCAUGUCUCUGCAUAUAAAAGGUUGUGCACGGUAGUAUCGUCAUUAAAAGGCAGAGGGGUUGCUGAGGUCAUUGCUAAUGCAAAGAAGGCCCCUGUGGUUGAAAAGGCAGCCCUUGUUAAAUGGCAGAGAGGGGAGAUAAGUAACUUUGAGUACUUGAUGCAUCUGAAUACUCUUGCUGGGAGGACAUACAAUGACCUGAUGCAAUAUCCAGUUUUCCCCUGGGUCCUAGCUGACUACCAGUCAGAGACGCUCGACCUGUCAGAUCCUGCAACUUUCCGUGAUCUGUCUAAGCCAAUGGGAGCUCAAACAGAGAAAAGGAAACAGAUGUUCCUACAGAGAUAUGAAGAGGUGGAGAGCAGUGAGGGUGAAGGAGAGUUGUCAGCACGAUGCCACUACUGUACCCACUACUCCUCAGCCAUCAUCGUGGCUUCCUUUCUUGUCAGGAUGGAGCCAUUUUCACACACCUUUCAGGCCCUGCAGGGAGGAUUUGAUAUCCCAGAGCGGAUGUUUCACAGUGUAAAGAAGGAGUGGGAGUCGGCCUCCAGAGACAACAUGGGGGACGUCAGAGAGCUGAUCCCAGAGUUUUUCUACCUGCCUGACUUCCUGAUCAACUCCAACCACAUCCAGCUGGGCUGUAUGGAGGAUGGUACUUCUCUUGGAGACGUGGAGCUCCCUCCAUGGGCAAAAGACGAUCCCCAGGAGUUCAUUAGAGUCCAACGUGAGGCUUUGGAAAGUGACUAUGUGAGUUCCCACCUCCACCUGUGGAUUGACCUGAUUUUCGGACACCGGCAACAAGGCCCUGCAGCUGUAGAAAGUUUAAACACGUUCCAUCCAUACUUCUAUGCCCAAAGAGGUCGAAAGGAUGCUAAGGACCCCCUCAUCAAGAGCACAAUCUUGGGAUAUGUCAGCAACUUUGGCCAAGUUCCCAGACAGCUCUUCACCAAGCCCCAUCCACCUCGCAGUGGCACCAAGAAAGAAGGAUCAACGCCACCCCAUCCAACUCCAUUUUUCUUCAAACUCGACAAACUCAAAACCACUGCUCAGCCAUUCAGAGAGCUGCCAAGAGGCCCAGUAGGUCAAAUACUGUGUCUGGAAAAAGAGGUGUUGGUCCAGGAGAGAAACCGGCUCAUAGUGUCACCGAUGUUGAGCUGCUUCUUCAGCUGGGGCUUCCCUGACAACAGCUGUGCCUUUGGAAAUUAUGCCACAGAGAAGAUUUUUGCAUUGUGUGAGAGUUUGUGUGACUGGGGGGAGACGCUGUGCGCCGCCUGUCCCAAUCCCACGACCAUCAUCACUGCAGGAACCAGCUCUGUGGUGUGUGUGUGGGACGUAGCAGUCAACAAGGACAAACUCGUCCGCAUGAAACUUAGACAGCCAUUAUACGGUCACACAGAUGCAGUUACAUGUCUGGCUGUAUCUGAGGUCCACAGUAUGAUAGUGAGUGGCUCCCGUGACCUCACUUGUAUCCUGUGGGAUCUGGAGGAACUAAGCUACGUCACCCAGCUAGUAGGACACACAACUAGCAUCUCUGCACUGGCUAUAAAUGAGCUUACAGGUGAGAUAGCGUCAUGUGCAGGGCCUCUGCUCUACCUGUGGACGAUGAAGGGUCAGCUGUUGGACUGCACUGACACUUCCUGCGGGCCUCGGGCAGACAUCCUGUGUGUCAGCUUCACACAGCGGCAUGAGUGGGAUGCCAGGAACGUCAUUGUCACUGGCUGUGCAGAUGGCAUCAUACGGAUAUGGAGGACAGAGUACACCAGAACACAAUUACCUGGCCCUCCAGAAGAGCCUGUGUCCCCAGGGCAAGACCGAACAGCGCAGACAGAGAGAGACGUGAGCAACUCGUGCCAGGUUAAAGGCUGGGAGAGACAUCUGGUGUUGUGUCAAGAGCUGAACAGGAGUCAGGCUGCGUCACAACGCCGCCACAAAAACAAUCCAGCUAUCACAAUGCUGUCCAUGUCCAGGAGCCAUGCAACUCUGCUGGCAGGUGAUACAUGGGGCAGAGUUUUCACCUGGACCUGUGAGUGAGAGGUUGCAGGGUAUGAACUCUUUUAAUGCGCCCGGGCUUCUACACAACUUUUACCCUCUCAGAGAGAGUCUAACACAGACCUCUGCAGGCAGUAAAAUCCAUCAGUGACUUCGGUCGAACACCAGCUGAACAUCGAGAGACACUGUACUGUAUAUUCUAUAUAUACUGUGCAUUCAGGGAGAACAAUGUUACAAUAUUUGUCUCAUUCAAGUCUCACACAAUAAGGCAUAUUUGACUUCCUUUACAUGAAUA